CCCAAAAGAUACCCUAGUUUCCUCGCUCUUUGCCUUCUCCUCCCUCAGUUGCAGAAGAAAUAAAGGAAAUCUUUUUCCUUCACGGCGGAGCCUCCGCCAGAGAAAUUCCAGCUUAAAGUUAUCGCCUUCAGUUCUUAGUUGGAUUGCAUAGGAAAAAACCAGGGCUAAUAUGGCGAAGCGGGAGCUUUCCAGCACUCUCAGGAACUUAAAGUUUAUGCAAAGAGCAACUCAGAGAGAGGUGAAGAAAGAAGAAGAUGCCAAACCUGCUGCAGAUUUUGCUUUCCCUGCCCGUCAAAUAAGAAAGUGUGUGGUCAUAGUGGAAGGUGACCCUCAACCUGAAGCCAUUAGGGGGCGGAUGUCAUUUCAAAGCUUCAAUCCAUCGAUUGAUAAACUGAAUCAAGUAUCGGAAAACCCUGGUCAGCCUGCUGCCCCUGCCGCAUCUUCUGGCGUUCAAAGUGAAAAAGUGUCAUUUAGAGAAAAUGGGUCCUCAAUGGAUGAAGCAGAGUGCUCAAAUACUAAUAAGUCAAACAGUAAGACUAAUGGAGACCAUAAAAGAAAACAGUCUGAAGCGGUUUCUGGGAAACAACAUCCGAACAAGUCGCCCAAACUUAAUAAAGGUGAUCAGCAGCCGUCACCAAAUACAAGUAAAGGUUCCUUCAGGAAACCAACGGGUAACAACCUGAACUGGAACGUUCUUAGACCAUCAAAGGGUCAAAACAAAAGAGGUUGAGCAUUAACUAGGUGAUUCACUUAUAGUUGUGUGUACUUAAUUUUUGAAUUGCUUUCAGGCCCUAUCAUUUGAAUCUGUAAUCCUGUUGUCAAAUAUUUAAUGCUUGGUUCUCAUAAUUCAAAUUUGUUAGAUUUUAAGAUGAUCUGGUUUCUCUAUUUUUAGUAUAAUAACGAGUUCUAGCUCCAA